AUGAAGGAAAAGAUUGUGAUCGAUAUAACUCUCAGCACUGAUAAUCGUUUAUCAAAGGCUAUGCAAAUUGCUGUAAAAUGUGCAGGGGUACUAUCGGUGAAUUCAGAUAAAGAAAAAGGGCAUUUGGUGGUAAUUGGAAUUGGUGUCGAUUUUUUUAAAUUGAUGAAAUGUAUAAAGAAAAAAUUCAACUGCGCUCGCAUUGUGAGCGUAGAAGAAGUGAAACCCGAAAAGAAACCCGACCCGAAACCGCAACCGAUUUGCUAUCCAAACCCAUGUGUGCAGUAUUAUCCAGUAUGCCGACCCGUUUAUGAUUCUCCUACUCCAAAUUGCACCACUAUAUAUUCAGUAUUGGACGUGUGGGGGAGGAGAUCAAGUGUUGAGUCUUAUAUUGAUCGAGGCUUUGAUCAUUUCUCUCCUUAUAUGAAAAAGAUUGUGAUUGAUCUUCCUGUCAACACUGAUCAAUGUAGAUCAAAAGCUAUGCAAAUUGCUGUUAGAAGUCCAGGGGUGAUAUCAGUGAAUAUAGAUAAGGAAAACGAUCAUUUGGUGGUGAUAGGAAUUGGUGUCGAUUUCUUUAGGUUGAUGCAUUGCAUAAAAAGGAAAUUCAAGUGUUCUCGAAUUGUGAGUAUUGAAGAAGUAAAACCCGAAGAGAAGAAGCCCGAAGAGAAUAAGCCCGAAGAUAAACCCAAGGAACCUUGUCCUUGUCCUUCAAUAUGCAAUCCAUGUGUGCAAUACUAUCCAAUAUGUCAACCCGUUUAUGACACUUCCGAAAGUCCAACUUGCUCUAUUAUGUGA